ACCUCACUCCCUCUCUCUCACUUUCUCUCAUUCAAUUUACUCGCUUUCUCUCUCUCUCUCUCGCUCUCUCUCUCUCUUUCUCGCUGGCUCACUCAAGUGUUUGUCGAUUAGAUCUUUUCAGUGCCAGCUUUCAGUCUUAAAUGCCACUGCCCCCCAAGUGAUUGUCAUGUCUUUGGGUUGAAUAAUUUCUCUAAUCCAUGUUUUCUGACAAGGAGUUGACGUAAUUCCUGGAAUAGCUAUCCAAGGUGCUGUGCUUGUGUAUUUAUACAUGUAGAUACUAAUAUAGCAUCCAAUCAUCGAAAACAAAACAACUUACCAGCAACAUAAACACAUCUUAGGUCAGCGUGAACUCUAGUAUUCACUUAGUCUUUUCCCUCACAUACUCAAUAUCUCACUCACUAAAUCACUCACUAACUCACUAAAUCACUCACUAACUCACUAAAUCACUCACUAACUCACUUACUAAAUCAAAACAGAUUCAAAUAACAUUCCUAAAGAACAGAUACAACUGGAUGUUGGCUUCUAUUGUCUUGGAAAGGACAUCACAUUGUCUAGUGCAAAGCAAACAAACAAAUAACUAUUAUACAAAUUAUUUCUUUGUGCAAUCAUACAUGUAUAUAUAUAUAUCUUACACACACACACGCACAAUGACACUUGUAUAUCCUCACAACGUUCAAUGGCCUACACUAGCCUGUGUAUACUUAGAACAGAAGCAAAGGGAGCACAAUAUGGUCUAAACACAGUAGACUUGUCCAUUAGUCAGCCAUCGCCUGGACAGCGUACAUUAUUCAUGCAUUCAUGAUGUGGAACAUAUGGAAUGUUAACUUUUGACCCACUGGGUGAAAGUUCAAACUCUUUGCCACUUGAUAGAUGUAUAGCUCGUCUCAUUCUGUGUGUAUUGCCUCUUCAGUAGCCGCAUUGUAUUUGGUAUCGUGCACACGUCUUAAACUUAUUUCGACUUUCUUUAUAAUGCAUACAAAUUGCUUAUAAUCAAGGGAUUAAUCACAUCAGUUUCAUCCCCGUUCUACGGCUACUGCUUAUGUCUUCAGAAACGUCUCUACCAUCUUUCAUCUAAUUUCAGCAGCUCGACCAUCUGAUCACCAUCUCUAAAGCUAAUUAGCAGUCUAGACGUUUGAGAUAAGAAGACCAAAAAUCCCCACGACAUUUUGAGGCUAAUAAAAAGUCGCCUGCCAUUAUAGUGAUGCUGACAGUUAAACAGCUACACAACACAAGAACAACAUCGCACAACAGAGCGACACAGCUAUUGUUUCAGUUUGUUUCGUUAAAUAACUUCUCCACGGAAGCAGUCCAUAUUUUGACCCUGUACAAUUUCCUAAUGAAAUAAUGUAACCCAAGUAUUCUCAACAACAAUUUUUAGGGAAGAACUUGAAGUAUUUCACGUCAAAAAAUUCUAAGUUAAAACUUUUUUUGUAAUUUCACAUUUUCAAAAAGUAAUCAACAAAAACAUUGAAAGCACAAUUUCUUGAAGGACACUAUGGCGAAGGUUUCCGUCCAGUGCUCGGCUCUGCCAGGCCAGAGACAUGGCGGCACACACUGGUCAGUACUCGGACUCUCCAUGGUCUACCCUCAGGCCGCCGUACUCGCCUACCCUCAUUAAUCUGAACCAGAAUUACAACAUGACUGCCAACAGCCUUACCGAGACUCUCCUGAUUCUAACCAGUAUGUACCUUGGUGUGGUGCAGCCAGAGGCGGAACUGGUCAAUGUAAGUCUUCACACAGUGAUAGGCGAGACCUUCACUUUUUCUUCCCUAAAGGAAUCCAGUGAACUCAUCUUUGACAAGCCUGGCACGCCCUCAAAAGGUCAGCCCGUUCUGAACGCCAUGACUGUCAAGCAUAUGUUGCAGCGCAAUGAUGACACACCCAGGGCCGUCCUCAACUUGUUGUGCAGCGGGUUCUUCCCAAAAAACUCCAUCACCAUCUUCUUCUUCAACAACAUGUACGGCGGGACAGAGUUUAAGAACCGUGACACAAACUACUUCCGGCAGACGUUUGAGUCCCUCGGACUUCCGGUGAUAUCUUACGACACAGUAUCGCCUGAACAUUCUAAGAGAGCAUUAACUCUUGAACUGGCGCCAACCAUCAACCAAAUGAUGGAAGCAUUCUUCGCCUUCCUGAAGAAAUUUGGCUGGACGGAUUUCUCGUUUCUGUGUGCUCUGCCAAAUGGGUGCGAGUCCUACAUUGAAACCAUCCGCCAGAAAGUUGAGGACUCCAACAGGAAAUACAAUAUCAGCGUUUACGGCGUAGAGAUUUUUGCGUAUCGUCUUCUCUCCUAUUUAAAUGUAACGGAUUUUCAAAACCUUGAGGCUAUCGAUGAGAAACUGACCGACGAGCUGGACAGGGACACACGAAUCAUACUGGUCCAUGGGAACGAUGAGAUUGUGCUGUCCGUGAUGGAGAGAGCCGAGAGACUAGGUCUGACCAGAGAGGACUACGUGUGGAUAUUUACCCUCCCUGCAAUGAAGCAGGCUGCCUCAAGGGACACUAUCAAAAAAACCUACCCUGUUGGGUCUUUUGUUAUCGGCUUUGACUCGUACGCGAGUCAGGUCAAAGAAUUGCACAACCAAGUGAGCAAAAUGUGGUACUCGGCGCUGAAGAUGAUGGCUGUAUCCAAAGAAUUUGAGUCUGUUGAUUUCCAGACUCACUUCUCGUGCGAUGUGCGAAGCCAGGCAACCAACCAAUCGGCUCGGUCUUUGUAUUGGAAGUAUGGGGAACAUUUGUACAAAUAUUUGUUGAAAACCAAAUUUCUAAAUAAUCAAAUUGGAUUUGAUGACAAGGGUUACUUGAAGUUCAACAACUUCUGGAUUAAAAAUGUUCAACCGAGAGCAGAGAGUCCAAAUACAGAGAAAGUAGAACAGAGCACAUCCAAGUCUACAGACUCCAGAGGUGGCAGGUUUCCACUUAAAACAUCUCCCUUCUCUUCCAAACGAGAUAUUGACUUCGGCUUCUCCAAAUCGCGAGACACUGCAAGAGAAUCUCGUUUUGAGGGGUUCACGAGAAAGCCUCUGUUCCGUGAUAGAUUAUCAGGUCCUCUCACUGGUCCCAACGACCUUGACCCUGAUAACCCUGAUAACCCUGAGGGAACUGAGAAUAGAGACCUUGAUCUUAACGACGACCCUGACGCCAACAGUGGAUCUAGCUCGUACAAGAAUAGCUCGCGGAAAUACCCAAAGAAAAUCGGGAAUUCCAAGAUGAAGCCGUACGGAAAAAAUGACGUCAAAAGGCGGUACGCUGAGAAGCACAGACGACCAAGGCGUCAAUCUAGUGACAAAUUUAGUUUAAAUAUUCUACAAAAGGUAGCCACAUGGAAUGGACACAACUUGACCGUGACGGGCAUCGUCUGGCCCGGAGGUGCCAGCACUCCCCCCAAAGGCAAGCCUGAAAAGUACGUGCUGAAGGUGGUCACGUGGGCUGAGGACCCUCACGUCAUCUAUACUGAGAAGAAGAAUGAUACCUUAAAAGUAGACAGCAGCUGUGACAACAACGCACUGCCAUGUACCAUUUAUGUCCGCGACGAUCACCUCCAAAGGUCAGGUAAUCAAACACGUGACGUCUGCUGUACUGGCCUGUCCAUUGAUCUCCUCAAGAGGCUGUGCACGAUGCUCAACUUUGAUGUGCAGCUGACAGAGGUAGCUGACGGAAGUUACGGGAGUCCAAUCAAUAACAAUGAGUCAGACUGGACAGGGAUGGUUGGAAUGCUCAUUCACAAGAAAGCGGACAUGGCUAUCGGGGCGCUGUCCAUCACACCAGAACGGUCAAAUGCUGUGGACUUCUCCAUGCCGUUUCUACAAACUGGCAUCACCAUUAUAGUAGCCAUACGGGAGGGCGCCAUAUCCCCCACCGCCUUCUUAGAGCCUUACGACUAUCCAUCUUGGAGUCUCAUUCUACUGUUUAGUGUCCACGCAACAGGAGCUUCCAUCUUUAUCUUCGAAUGGCUAAGUCCUUAUGGCUUAGACCAAGGGAAAACGUCCCUUAGAGUUCACAAGUUUUCAUUGUUCCGUUCCUUCUGGUUGAUAUGGGCGAUGUUGUUCGGAGCCAGUGUUUCCACAGACCAGCCCAGGGGAUGUGCAAGUCGCUUCCUGGCCAACAUCUGGGCUUUGUUCGCUGUGGUGUUCUGUGCCUCCUACACGGCCAACCUUGCUGCAUUCAUGAUCACAAAAGAUGACUACUACGAUCUGAGUGGAAUACAAGAUUGGAGAUUGAAAAACCCUCAUCACAGACAACCACCGUUCAAGUACGCCACCAUCGCCAAUUCAUCGACUGAUCUCAACAUUGCUAAAAACUACAAGGCCAUUCACAGUUACAUGAAGAACUAUCCACAGACGAGUGUCAAGGACGCCAUUAGAGCAUUAAAAAAUCAAGAGAUCCAAGCUUUUAUUUACGACUCGACUACCUUGGAGUACGAAUUUGGUAAAGACGUUGGCUGUAAAUUGAAAACAGUUGGAAAACGAAUAGCAGAGACUGGCUAUGGUCUGGCAUUUCCCAAGAAGUCACAAUGGGUCAAGAAAGUGGACAAGGCGUUACUUAAGCUUCAAGAAGACGGAGAGAUAGAAAGAUUGCAGAAGUUCUGGUUGGCAGGAGCGUGCCACAAGAAAAAAGAGAGGGGCGUGUCCAGUCACACUCUUGGGAUAUUAAAUUUUACUUCCGCUUUCAUUCUUCUCGGCGGAGGCGUCAUCCUUGGAGUUUUACUUCUCAUCUUGGAGCACAUGUACUUCCGGUUUGGUCGGAAGUCUUUGAAGAAAUGGGACAAGUGUGGUUGCUGUUCUUUGGUCAGUUUGAGUAUGGGUCAGUCUCUGACCUUUGAGCAGUCGGUGAUAGAGGCCAUAGACUACCACAAGCACCACAAGUGUAAGGACCCUCUGUGUGAGACCCAACUCUGGAAGGUCAAGCAUGAACUGGACAUUGCCCUCCUCAAAAUUUCACAGUUAAGAAGGCUUUUGGCCCACUCUGCAUCACUAGAAGUGUCUCGAGAACAAAGAGCACCAUACAAGCUGGAAAUGCAAGAGUCGACACAGGUCAAUGGAAAUGCCCACAAGAGAAGGCGUCAGCAGAAGAGCGAUACGGCGUCAUCUGGCGCUGAGAAAAAUGCUGCUCAACCUCUGCUGGCCUUGGAAGGCAAAGGAGAUACUGAUGAAGAAGACGGCCUUCUAAAACCUUCCGUUCCUUUGAGAACUUCUUCCAAUCCAAACAACAGUCCACCUCAUAGUGUUCAUAUACCACUGCAGAGCAUGCACGUGUCUCCACAGCAGGCUGACAGAUCUGGACCCAUCUAUGAGAAUAAAGUCGCAGUGGGUCGAGAUGGGUCUGCUCAACGAACGUCCCCAAACCAAGCUUCUAAAAUACGCGGGGACAAGAACAGCAUGGUGGCGGAUUUGGAGCUUCAUCCAGCUCCUCCAACAUUCGAUGAGGCAGUUCUGGGCUAUGGUGAUAUGGCUGACAUUAGCCCUCCGACGCCUGGAUUGCCGCUCCCGCCCCCACCACACGUGCCUGGGUCUGUGGAAACAUCGCCCUCCUCUGAUGGGAAGCGUUACGAGCCUUUUAUUUUAGACAGUCCUGAGUCUCCGUCCUCCACUUUCUCAGAGAUCUCAGACACGAACCGCCUGCCUUCGCCUGGCGAUCUCUCGAAGCUCUCAGACGAGGGUCAGUCCUCGCCCGCCUCUCCCAGUAAGGAUUCCAACUUUACCUCGAGCCCGGACAUGAGGUACCCUCAAGGCGGAGUGAGGGGCAUCAGGAGCAUGUCACCAGCUUACAGCAAUGCACCACAUUCGCUUCAGAGAUUGCCAGCGGCGUUGAACAAAAACAAUGCCAACAAAGACAAGACAGUAUCUGACAAGACACAGUCUCAAGAAGACGAUAAUGACGUCAGUGCUCGACGGCUUCUGGACAAUGACGGCAAUGUCUACGUGAAUGUUGAUGACAUCAUUGGUAAAGAAACGUCAUUUUAAACUCCAAACCAGUACUCCAUGAUUUUGUGAUGUGCAUAGUACACUAUAUACACAUUCGCAUUUUCUGUAACGGCAGACUUUGAAAUAGGCCAUUAGCAUGACGAGAAGACGUCUCAAAACAAACUAAACUAUAUCCAAAAUAAAUAGUCGCUAGAUUUACUUUUUGAAAGUAUUAAAAUGAUUUGUAUUUCUCUUUGAGUGUAAAUAGCUGCAGUUUGACAAGUUCUUUCUCUAUUGCAUUGAAGUAUGUACCUCCGUCUGUGCUGAGUGAGUUGUUGGGUGUAGCAUUGAAACUGUCUGACACUUUCACAAAUUUAUCUUUAGGCAUCAAACUCUGUCAUUAAAUUAGUUCUCUCUCUCUCUCUCUCUCUCUCUCAUAUUUCAAAGUUCAAUGUUUUGCUUUGUUCAUAUCUUAUCAAAGCAAUACCGAAUUGUAUGUAUGCCAGUGUAAUUUUUUUUUUCCAUUGACUAUUUUUACAUUAUUUCAAGAGGGGAGUAAUCUGUAUUUUUUAAUUAUCCCAUUUUUUUAUAUUUUUUUUUCAUUUUUUUUAAAAUAAAUUUCAGAUCAAUUUUUUAAAAAAAUAUUUUUUUUAAGGAUGUAUUUACAUUACAACUAAUUUUUUAAUAAUUGAUUCUCAUGUAAUGAUAAAAUGUUAUAUUUAAUCUAUUGUAGUUUAUUUAAACACAUAAAAUGUAAUGUAAAUAAUAACCAAUCUAAUGGUCUUUGUUAUUAUAAUUUCCACACAAUACACCAUUAAUCUACGAAAUACUACUACACUAGUUUAAUGUAAAGAAAACAACAUUUUACGGCACUACAGUCUCGGAAUUGUUUUAUCAUUAGACUAAAUUACAAUUUUAGCAUCCUAUUUUUUCACAUUAUUUGAUGCCUUUAAAUCGUAUCUUAGAUCCUUGCAAUGUUAUCACUGCUAUAAAAAUUAGACUAUUGUAGAGGUUCGCUCAUCAAGAACUGUGAUAAGACCUCUCUCUGUGUGUCUUGCAGUGUCCAGGUUUGUCAUGGUGUGUCAAAAUACGUCAAGGUGUGUCCUAGUGCGUCUUGGUGUGUUAUAGUGCAUAGUGUAUCGACGUGUGUCAUUAUUAUUCAUGGUGCGUCGCUGAGUUACGAGGAAUUCAUGUGUUAUCAAUGUGUACACUUAGACGAUAUGAUAACUAGUGUGUCAAUUAUAUAGAAAAACAAUAUAAUAUCCUGGUGCGUCAAAAUGUAUUAAAUCGCAUUAAAAUAUUCUGAAGUCCUGGUCAAUAGAAGGACAUUGAUUGCUGGUGUAUCAAGAUCAGUGUGAUGUCAAUAAAAUAUCCAUAUGUGUCUCUGCAUUCGCAUAGAAGACUUUGGUGUGUCGUAUUAUUUAUGAAAUAUUUCAUAUACAGAUGUGUCAAGAUGUUUUAUAUUACAAUAUUAUACAGCGUUGUUUCAUAAUUCAUAUAAUGAUGGAUAUAUUUAUAUGUGUACAGUUGGAUUAACCAAUAUACAUCUACUGGUGUAAAAACGACUACAAAUGACAAUAUAAUAAGCUGAUGUAUACAGAUUGAGAAUAUAAUAAAAUGGUGUUACAAAGUGUAUUAAGAAUAACAAUUAGAUUUAUUUGUGACUUAUAUUGUAUAAAAUAUAAUUUGAUAUGUGCAGGACUUUCAAUUUUUAGUCUACGUCUGUAUACAUGAUAUAUGUAACCAGGGUAUCAAAAUUGGCCCGGGCUUUACCAGAUAAACCGGCCCACAAAUGACAUAUCAUAUCAUGGUCGGAGCCAAGAUUUUUUCGGUGUGGGUUUUUUGUAAACCCCCCCCCCCGGGCAAUUUUUAUAUAUAUAUAUAU